AGACGUAUAAAGAACUGUUGAGCGUCAAACCAUUGUCAGUCAAGUUUCCGAUUCACUUUCAGUCGUUUCCUUCAAAGGCAAAAUGUGCAAGCUCCUCAUAGUGACGCUGACCAUACUAGUUCCCGGAAUAUACGGGGGGGCUAUUUCGCCAUACGCGAUACCUGCAGGCCACAAAUAUGCUUCAGAGGAAAAUAUAGACUAUUACGCCCAUCCGCAAUACGCUUUCAAAUAUGGCGUAUCAGACCCACACACUGGUGAUCAUAAAACGCAAACCGAAGUUCGGGAAGGAGAAGUAGUCAAAGGGCAGUACUCGCUUGUGGAACCGGACGGUUCCGUAAGGAUUGUAGACUACGUCGCCGAUCCGGUUAACGGAUUUAACGCUGUCGUGUCGAAAAGCGCGCCAUCUGUCCACGUGGAACCGCAACAGCCGCUCGUGCCGCACUUGGAACCCACCUACGUGAAACCGAUAGUACCGACGUACGGCAAACAGGUGGUGCCGUCGGUGGUCAAAUCGGUACCCAUCGUUAAGUCGUUGCCUAGUUACGAACCAACAUUCGAGUACCAAAAACCGGUUAUAAAAUAUACGACCUCUCUAGGAUAUCCAAAAUCAGCAGUAUACUACGAUGACUAUCAAGGUCUCCCGUCCUAUUCCAACGGAUACACACAUCAACACGAUUACUAUGACUUACACGGACGAUACUAGACGGAGGAAGAUCUCUGUUGCGCUAAAUGCCACAAAUUAGCACAAAGUUGUGUUAUCUGUACAAAAUGUUAAAUUUUAAAAAUACUAAAAAGUAUAGUAUGUUUUGUAAUUUUCUACUAACUAAAUAAAAAUAUUCAAAGCAAAA